AUGGAGGAGCUGAACUUGGCAGCCCCUUCAGAAGCUUCUUUAAAUGACCUCACGUAUGCCAAUGAGUUAACGUACCUGCGAGUAUUAGCCUGUAAUCAAGGUCCAGCCAAUGGAACAGCUGCUAACACAAACCAGCCGAGCAGCCCUUUGAAGGUCACAGUGAAGAUUAUCAAAGAUCCACUCCUGGACUACGGUUUUAUGGUCUCAGAAGAUUCACCAGCUGCCACCAGUGAACGUGUGCGUGAAGGUGACGAGAAUGUGGAGCGAGGUAACUGGUCCUCGAAGAUUGACUACUUGCUCUCAGUGAUCGGUUCUGCUGUGGGUUUGGGCAAUGUAUGGAGAUUCCCGUACCUGGCCUACAGAAAUGGAGGAGGUGCUUUCCUUAUUCCCUACAUUCUGAUGCUGACAGUCACUGGGAUGCCAAUGUUUUUCCUGGAAACUUCCUUUGGGCAGUUUGCUAGCCUUGGACCGGAUGCAGUGUGGAAAGCUGUGCCCAUUUGGGAGGGUGUUGGAGUCACCAUGGUCCUUCUGAUCAUAAUUGCCAACAUUUCCUAUGCCUGCAUUAUUGGUUACAGUCUGUACUACCUGUUUGCUUCCUUCCAAUCACCCCUACCAUGGGCAGACUGCUUCAGUUGGUGGGGAGCAGAUGAAACAUGCAGCAGGACUCCCAAAGGUAUUUGCAAUCUUACUCUGGACGAUGGAUAUUUUGAAGUCAUUAAUACAACAUGGCUGCAGACGUAUAAUAACACUUGCCUAAUUGGAUCAGAAAUCUCCAUUCCUCACCAGGGUCCGAGUGAGCAAUACUGGGAUAAAGUAGAUUUACGCCGUUCCAGUUCAAUGGUUGAGACUGGGGAGGUAAUCUGGUAUUUAGCCCUCUGUCUGCUUCUUGCCUGGCUAAUAGUUGGGGCAGCAUUAUCAAAAGGAAUCAAAUCUUCAGGAAAGGUGGUUUAUUUCACUGCGACAUUCCCUUACGUGGUCCUGACCAUACUCCUGAUCCGAGGGGUUACCCUGGAGGGAGCUUCUAAAGGAAUUGAAUUCUACAUCGGAAGCCAGUCAGACUUCUCCAGACUGGCUGAUGCUGAGGUCUGGAAAGAUGCUGCGACUCAAAUUUUCUUUUCUAUCUCAGUGGGUUGGGGCACUUUAGUAGCAUUGUCGUCUUACAACAAGUUCCACAAUAACUGCUACAGAGAUACCAUCAUUGUCUGUGUUGUUAAUUGUGCUACGAGUGUGUUUGCUGGAUUUGUCAUCUUCUCCAUCCUGGGACACAUGGCUCACAUACAAGAUAAGCCCGUUUCAGAGGUUGCCCAGUCAGGUUUCGGUUUGGUCUUCAUUGCCUACCCAGAGGCCCUUGCACAGUUACCGUGGGCACCAUUAUGGUCUGUUUCAUUUUUCUUCAUGCUGCUCACUCUGGGAGUUGACACACAGUUUGCAGGUUUAGAAACAGUUAUGACAGCCCUGCAAGACCAGUUCCCUACAUUGGUCCAAUCAAAGCGCCUUCUUCUGACAGCUGGUGUUUGUUCAUUAUUUUAUCUGCUUGGCCUUCUAUGUGUGACACAGGCUGGGAUUUACUGGCUAAAUUUAAUGGAUCAUUACGUUACGGACUGGAUUCUCAUUAUAACAGCUCUCCUGCAACUCAUCGGUCUCAGCUGGAUCUAUGGGACAAACAGAUUCAUCAAGGACAUUGAGAUGAUGAUUGGGGAAAGGACUUGGCUCUUCUGGCUGUGGUGGAGAAUGUGUUGGAUUCUGAUCUCUCCGUGUUUGCUGGUGGCAGUCUUAAUCUGGUCCUUGACAACACUUUCCCCACUAAGAUAUGGAUCUGUUGAAUACCCUGUCUGGUCAGGAGCACUGGGCUGGUGUAUGACCAUCUUCUGUAUUAUGUGGAUCCCCAUCAUGGCUGUGGUGAGAGUUGUCCAAGCUGAGGACCCCACCUUGUGGCAGGUUAAACCACCAUCAAUCACCUCGCUCUCUGUUGAGAGAGCAGCCCUGUGA